GGUAAUUGGUCUGCCGGUCGGGCGCACAGCGCUCUUUGCAUUGCUGGCCGUGCAGCGAAGCAGGUGAAGGAGGCCAGCAAAUUGCAGCAGUUUGCCAAUUCCGUGGAGCAAGAUGUGUGCCGCAUCACGUUUAGCUUGCUGGCCCACGGGAAGAACUCAGCAGCGCAGAACUACUCUCAUUUUCAGACCGCGGAUGGCGACAUUGCAGGAUACCAGGGGUACCAGCGCGUUGAUUCGAACCUGCAGCGGAUGAAAGAACUUGGUGUAGUAUCUCAUUUUGUCGCCCAGAGGGACAAACUGGUCAGUUGGCUUGCAGGGGCUGGCGCAGGGCAAGGACUUCGUCAUGCUGUAGUUGUGCGGGUAUUUGACGAUACAAAUGUGUGGGUGGCUCCAUCUCACAGGGCCUUGCCCAACGUUCAAGCUGAGGCAGAAGCUGCCGGAGAGCAUCCAGCAGAAGAGGCACUUCCUGAGAAUCGUGGCAAGAAGACUGCGGGCAAGCAGGGGAAGCGCAAAGUCAGUCCGCUGUUGGGGAUUAUUCAGAAGAUAUUCGUGAGAGGUGAUGCGCUCGCAAGAGCGUGGGCAACGAUUCCCCUGAAAGUCUUGGUGUCGUGUAGCUUGGUUGGACUCGUGCGGAUGGCCCACGUCUCCCAGAGCACAUUGUUUCGCCAGCGUCUUCAUGCUGGCAUCAAGCUGUUGGUGCAGCAAGCCGAGCGACAUGAGGUUGCAAGUCUGCCGGACACAAUCGUAGCAGGCAUCAAUGAUAAUCGGAAGAAGCUGAGCAUCUGCGCAUCGGAUCUCACUGAAAAGCAGCAGGACCUUGUGCUUUGCAUGCUGAACCAUCGAUGGAGUGAGCCUCUCGUUGAUGGCAAGUUGCAGCACUGGUGUGCUCCGGGCUGCUGUGCCAGCGUGCCAGAGAUGCGCGCAAGGCUGGAGGAAGCAUUGAUGGCAUCUCUGGGGAAUGGCUUUGAGGUUCCACUUCUCUACAGGUGGAAACACUUUGAACCGGCGGUUGACUAUGCUCUGCGUAAUACAGCAAUGCACGGCCUGCUUGCGCACAUUUGGCCUCAGUGCAUGAACAGCAAGCAAGACGACGUAUUGCUUGAGCAGGUCCUUGAUGAUGAUGCACCAGACUUAGACCCAAGCGUCAGACAACAGGUACGAUUGUCUCGAGUUUAUAGAUUGCUCUGUCAGCCAGAUACUUUGUCUAAGCUGGCACAGUGUGUUCUACUGACACGCCCACUGUCUGCUUUUAUGGAUCGCGCAAGUCUGGUGGACACGGUGCGUCAUAGGUUUUACUUGCGUGUGCGAGGGUUGAACCCUCCCAGCAAGUGCCCAUAUGGGGAGGACGACCUUCGUUCCAUGAAUCUGGGUUUGCUCAGUGGCGAGCGUGGCCUUGAAGUCGUGCAGCAGUACUACCACUUGCUGCUUUCAGAGCCAGAGUCAGCUGAUUGGUUUCCAGAGUUUGAUCUCCCCUACACAAGGUGCAUUCUUCUGAUCUUCACCACAAUGUGUGAUUCGUGGCGUCGCCUUGUCUUGCCCUACCAGUCCAUCACAUCGGCCUGCCUACGCAUUGCUUCCAUGAGUACUCAGGAAGGCCUCGAAUUCUUGUGGCGUGAACAGCAGAAGUUGGGCGCAUGCACCCUUUGCAAGGACCAGCACUUUGCUCAGGUGUUGAUGAAAGAAGUGUUUGCACCGGGAUUGACGACUGAUGACAGGGAGGCUCGGUAUGCCAGCGUACAGAGCAUGAUCCGGGAUCUUUUGUUGCACGUCCCAGCAUCGUCUGUAGAAGUCGAGAAGCAGCACGCCGGCGUGCAAAUCGAAAGUGACACUCGGCGUGCUGGAGCCAAGCGACCCACGAACUUGCAACGUGACAGCUACAUUCUUUCGACGAUGCAGGAUCACGCAGCGACCCUACAGGCAGUUGAAGCUGAGUCCUUCGGGGCCGGCAAGCGCAAGGUCAAUCUGCUCUUGCGGCAUGCGCGCCUGUUGGACACAACCGCUCCUGCAGCAGGUCGGUUCGAUGUGGACAAGUUCAGCAAGGACCGGCCAAGACACGGAAGGGCCGAGUAUCGCAGUCACCGCAUUGGGAAAGAUGGAGCCAACUCAAUUCACAAAGAAAUUGCCAAGCGAUGGAGAGAACUCAGUCCGAGGGGUAAGGCGAGAUUCAAGGUCCGUGCCGAAGAGAUGCAGGCACAGCGUGAGCAGCUAAUGAAAGAGCCGCUCAGCCGAAAAAAGCCUGAUUCGUUAGAGUUGACACAAGCACAAGUGCAACGCUUGGGAAACCAACGGCUGGACACCACCUUGCAGCAGGUGUCGGAUCAUGAGGUGUGGAGCAAGGGCUUGGGCCUUUGGGACCAUGUGUCUGCCUUACGCAAGGAGCAUGUUCUGCCCCUGGCCGAUGAUGCGACGGCCAGGUUUCAGGGUAUGUUCUCUUAUGAUGGGAUUGUGACUCCUAAUGCUGCAAUUCCCUCCUACGAGCAUCCGUGCGUUUGCAGCGGCGGUGGUGUGUGUCGCCGGCACGACUUGUACGAGCAUGUUGCCAGUCUCAUAUCCCAGUUUGACAGCACCCUGGUGCAGCACAAGCUUGCCGUUUCCGAGCCCCUGUUGCUGUGCAUCGCACCAGAAGCUGCGUCGAGUGACAUCGAGGUCAACAUCUAUGCGUCUCGGCAGCUGACGUUCGGACAUGAGGGGGGCAACUUUCUGGUUCACUUACCACGAGAUGUCUCAUAUCGUGCUGCAAUUGGCAGAGAGCGCCGUGUGCGCCGCCAAGCACCAGCAGAGCGUCGCAGAAAGGGCAGACUUCCGUUCGGAUUGGAUGCGAUGGUGGCAGAGAUGCAUCCCCCUGCUGUGCGGGCAACCCCUGCUGCUGCAAGGCCGCUGAGCGAGAGCUGCAUGCUGCCAUGCAAGCAGCAGAUGUGCGAGCAAGCGACGUUCCUUUACCCCCGAGUGUGGGGCCUGCACAUGGAGGCUCCCAGCGUUCAAAGGGCGGGCUCGACGCAGAUGCAAGAGAAGUCUGCCAGAAUGCUAUGGACAUUCUCCAGCCAACUGCAGGGCUUUCUUAGCUGUGCAACACUCCACUGGACUUCGUCUUGCGUGGGUGGCUUCCCGCAGCUGAUGGUCGAGGUCCUGCCGAGCUGCGAUUUCGGUGUUCCACAACUGCGAACUCGCUUGUACAUUUUGAUGCUCAGAACCACUGGUGAUGCUUCCGACGACAUCUCUGGAGAUGACCAUGCUGGUGCACUCAUCGACCUCUUUGCGCAGUCGGUGCGAGGCAGCGAGGCGACCUGGGAACCUGGCUGCAGUGGUUUUACGGUCUGGGAUGCUAUGGCGUACGUGGACAGUUCCCAUCAUGACUGGGGGACAGAUGAUGAGCAGGCAGGGUGA